AUGGGGAAACCACCCUCCCCGUUUCACUGUCUCAGCGAAACUCCGGCUUCGCCCCGGGCCGACGGGCAGGUCCCGUUCAGACAGCUGCCUCCCGGAGCGGACACGCCGCUGGGCGAGGCGCUCACGCCCCACGGCCUGAUACCCGGCCACCCCCCAGGGCAGCAGCCAUCGGCCUCGGCAGCCCCGGGCUCUUCUGCGGGACGGAGGCACCGUCCCUCCCGCCAGCCCCGCGCCGGAGCCCCGCGGCACAGGAACGCACCCAGCUGGAGGGAAGAGGCACGGGUGCGGUGUAAACCAGCGCCCGCUGUACCGGACUCGGAUGCCCCCGCCCCCGGGCUGCUGGAAGGCAGACACUCACCGAUUGUUCUUCGCCCUCCCCCGCCCCUCGCCUCUAAAAGCACCAGCGACCCGACCGAGGCACUUACCUUCCCCGUGUGGCUCCCGGGCCGCCAGGACGGGCGCUCAGCGCCCACCUCUCCCCACAGGCAAGCAGUCCUUCCUCCUCCUUUGCUCCAGGCGAGCAGCUCCAGCUCCGUCCCCGCAGCCCGGCGUCCCGGAGGUGUCAGCCGGCGGGUCCCAGCCGGGGCGGCACCAGCGGCUCCACUCUCCGUGGGACGAGCUGCUGACGGCGGGAGAAGGAGGGUGGCGGGGAGGGUCGCACUCUUCCUGGGAUGCGCCGCCGAAGUGGCUGCCUUCUCCUCCCCGCUCUCUGCCCGCUCCCUUCUUCGCGCUGUCCUGAGGUGCAGCCCGGACCUGUCCGUCCGUCCCGCUCGCCUCCCCCCGACCCGCUCCCAGGCGGCGAGCCGCGAGGCGCACAGGCCCCGCCGGCGGCCAGAAGGACUCGGGGGCGACGGGGGAUUCCGGCCCAGCCUCCCGGCCUCUCCCCGAGGCCUGAUGCACGCUCUCCGCGGGGAGAGGAGGCCCUGCCCCGGCCUGGCGAGCGGCGAGCAGCCCCGGGAAGGUCACUGGCAGCGUGGAGCAGAGCACGGAGAGGCUCCCUCCGGCACCGCCGCGGUCGUUGUUACUGCUGCCGGCCCAGCCUCAGCGGCCGCUGGGUGCCGCGCUCCGCCCGGGCUCUCUCCGUGCCAGUGCCCGGCGGCCGCCUCCGAGUCUGAGUGCCAGGCUGCCCCCUUCCCCUUCCUUCCUUCCUUCCUCCCUUGCCUCCCGCCCCUUCCCCGCUGCCAGCCUUCCCCCGCCGGCUCCCUCCGGCGCCCGGUGCCAGGCUGCCCCCUGCGGGUCUCGGUGCCGAGGCUGCCCGCCGCCGGCGCUGUGCCCGGCGAGCCGAGGCCAGGGUGGCCACCGCUGCCGUUCCGCGGGUGCCGGGAGCGGGCUGCUCGCCGCCGCUCUGCCCCGGGCUCAGCGGCAGCUGCAGUGACUGUGUGUCUGUGUCAUGUCUGUGCCUGGGCGGGCGGAGGCGCGGGGCCGAGGCGGAGCCAGCCCGCUGACACACCGCCCAGCGACAGGCUCCGAGCGCCCAACCAGCGGCUGCCGCCAGCGCGGCCGGCCCGCCCGCGCAGCGCUGAGCCCCGGGUCGCUACACCUGGGCCCGGGACAGCGAGCGCGUCCCGAGGGAGGGGACUGUGA